CCUGGGUUUAAUAUCACAGGUACAGUCCCAUCUGGGCUUGGUUAUAGUGCAUAUAUUGCACGGUUAAAUAUUGUUGUCAACGUUGUUGUUGUUGUUUUUGUGAACCACGAGACCGGAAGCCGCUAUAUUGGAGAGAAAAAAGGAGCACGGUGUGCCGCUGUUCUGUGUGCCGCGGCAGAGACGCUCAUCGCAGCAAGAAAACAAUGAUGAGAUGAUCGCGAGUCUUCCAGUAAACAGCGGCGGCGGCGGCGGUGGAGGCGGUGGCAGUAACGGAGGACCGGGGAGCCGUGUGGGACGCAGUCUAGCACUUCAUCGUUCGAAUUCCAGUCUCGAGCUGCCCCACAGUCCGGACCCAGCUUCUCGUGUUCCCGACACUCCUCUUCGCCGAGAGUAUGGCUCCCACGGGAGCAUCGAUGUCGUAGCGCAGUCGGUACCAGUUGGAGAAAAUUUCUUCGCUGCAAUGCUCCAGGACUUUCGUUCCCCGGAUCAGCGAAGCCCAAGCUCAAACGCGGAGCUUCUCCGUCGGCUGCAGGACGGCCAGUCGCCGGACACGGACGAAGUCUGCGGGCCAACCGGCUCCAGUCCAAAGUUGCGACUUAAGCUGAACCGCUUCUGGAGCGGAAAACCUCCUCGUGGCGUGGAUCAGGAACACUGCCAGAACUCGGCUAGUCCUCCAGUGUCUGCCGACGUCGAGGAGAGACAUAGAAGACGCGCUUUCGCCCACUACGAUUGCCAAUCUCUCACCGCAAAUCUUGGCUAUGCCGCAAAACUCAGGGGCAUCCUUUUGGCCAGGAGGCGAAACACCGCAACUGGAGCUUCUGCUGCCAGUUCGCUUAGAGCAUCAACACCUGACGAAGCUCCAGAGGAUGACGCUGGCGAUGGGAAAGGCAACGAGCUUUUGGAGUCCUGUCCGUUUUUCCGGAAUGAAACCGGCGGUGAGGGUGAGCGAGAAGUCGGCCUGACUCGCUGCCUGAUGGCGAACGGAAUUCAUCGACCACCGUUAGCCUAUGGAGUAUCCGUCCUGGAACCACCGCCGGGUGAAACUCUGUGGAAACACACUUGCCCUCUUCAGAGAAGACCGUUGCCGAUCGAAAGCGUCGACGAUGGAGCUCACUAUUAUCGACGAUACUUUUUGGGUCGGGAACACCAGAACUGGUUCGGUAUGGAUGAGCAGCUAGGGCCGGUCGCCAUAAGUAUUCGAAAGGAGUCGAAUCAGUACCGAAUAAUAGUGCGAACGUCCGAGCUACUGACUCUUCGCGGCACAGUUCCCGAGGAGGCUUUGGGAAUAAGAACGCAGGGUAGAUCACCGACGAGAGAAAUCCUCGAGUUGGUCGCACCGGAAGUCCAGCUUGGAUGUCUUAAGCUGGGAACACCUGCGGCCGAGGAAGCUGUCGCAAGAUUGGACGAGCAGGGACUUUCCAACAAGUAUAAAGUCGGUGUUCUUUACUGUAGAUCCGGUCAAAGGACGGAGGAAGAAAUGUACAAUAAUCAACAUGCUGGACCAGCAUUCUUAGAAUUUUUAGACACUAUGGGCCAAAGAAUAAGACUGCGCGGUUUUGAUGGAUACAAAGCAGGCUUGGAUACCAAAACAGACUCGACUGGCACUCAUGCUGUCGCUGCGAGUCACAGGGGUGUAGAAGUUACGUUUCACGUAUCUACCAUGCUACCUUUCACACCUAACAACAGACAACAAUUGCUGAGGAAAAGACAUAUCGGAAAUGAUAUUGUCACCAUAGUCUUCCAGGAACCAGGAGCUUUGCCAUUCAGUCCUCGCAGAAUACGAUCUCAGUUUCAACACGUGUUCAUCAUCGUAAGAGCGAUUAAUCCGUGCUCGGAAAAUACACAGUACGCCGUUGCUGUUUCGAGAAGUAAGGAAGUCCCCGUAUUUGGGCCGCCCAUUCAAGCAGGUGCUACUUUUAGCAAAGGAAAAACUUUUGCUGAUUUUAUACUUGCGAAAGUAAUCAAUGCCGAAAACGCUGCGCACAGAUCUGAAAAGUUUGCAACAAUGGCUACCAGAACUAGGCAAGAGUAUCUCAAAGACUUGGCUACGAAUUACUCCUCUACCACUGUUGUUGAUACCGGACAAAAAUUUUCUAUGCUCUCAUUCAGCAGUAAAAAGAAGGUACCGAUUCGUCCUCGCCUGUCGUGCGACGCGACACAGCGAGGAGGUAUAUGCUGGCAGGUGAUUUUAGAAGACAGCAAUCAAAACACAGACUGUUACCUAGGAAUAAGUGUAGACACAAUAGUUCUGAUCGAAGAACAUUCACGUCAAGUUGUAUUUGUAGCUGCUUGCAUCAGCAUCCUUGGUUGGCAUGCCCAGACGAACAGUCUGAGGCUUUACUAUCACCAAGGUGAAUGCGUGACGAUUCACGUUCGUGGUGACUAUGGGGAAAGGGAUGAGCUGAUGGAGAUCGUUUCACGAUUACGGGCUGUAACGCAAGGAUUCCCUGCUUCCGAGUUGUCACUUAAACGGAAUAAUUUGGGUCAACUGGGUUUUCACGUUCAACCAGAUGGCGUUGUGACCCAAGUUGAAAGCAUGGGACUUGCUUGGCAGUCUGGACUCAGGCAAGGAUCAAGGCUGGUCGAGAUAUGCAAAGUUGCAGUUUCAACCCUGAGUCACGAUCAAAUGGUUGAUCUUUUAAAAACCAGCGCGCAGGUUACAGUCACCGUGGUGCCACCAAUGCCUGAUGGCAACCCACGAAGAGGGUGCACUUUGCAAAACUGUCAAUACUUGUCAAAUAACUACGAAGGUGAUUACGAGAAUGUCACAAAUCCUGAUAGCACUCCAACGCAACAGACCGCUAUGUCACAUCAGAGACGCUACGACAGAUCUUUCAGCCCUCCACGAUCGAGCAACAGCUCUGGAUAUGGUACAGGGUCUAGUUCGAGAUCUUUCAAUGAUCCAAGAUUUCCCCUUGAAGGCACCAUGACGAGCAGUAGCAGCGGGCACAGCAGCGCCGACGAUAGAUGGUAUGAACUCCUGGAGCCCCAAGAACAGGAUACCAAUUUACGUGUGGAUGGAACGCCUCCGCCGCUUCCAGCUAGGCAAAAUUAUCAAGUAUUAACAGGGAACAAAAAUGGAUCCACUCAAAAAAAGGAAAAGGAACAUGGUCACUAUGCAAUGACAAAACAGAUGGUCGAAAGUACCAGCAAUAGUAUGAAGUACCACAACCAUGAACAUUAUUCAAAAGAGAGUAAUUAUGUGUCGCAAAGAGCUUUGGAAAAUAGUAGACAUGAAAAUUAUCAGAGAAUUGAAAACAUGCAGCGUAGUCAGGAACCUACCUCUAACUACGUUAAGCUUCAGAAAGAAAAAUACGAAAUUAAACAAGAAAACGUUUACGCGUCGCAUAGAGAUUUGCAUAAGAAUGAAAGCCAUGGACAUCAGAAAUUAACAGUUUCGAAUUCAUUACCACUAGCUCAAAAUGCUACAUACAGUCUACCAAAAUCCGGAAGCAAUAAUAAUCUGGUGAGAUUUAGUGACUAUGAACAAUCAACACCCGACAAAGGGAACGUCAAAUACGAACAGGGUCUGAAAGCGAAUGAAAGGAACUCGAAAUUUGAUAUAUGUGAUGUGAAAAUUAACGAUAGGAAUGGAAAAUGUGAACAUCACGAUAAUAAAACUAAUGAUAAGCGGAGUUACAAUUACGAAUUCGAAGAAGUGCAUUCUGAACUGAGAAAAAGCAAGUACGAAACUGAGACUGUUCAGAGCGACACAAAGUACAGUGUAGACCAUCAACAUCACGACAAGAAAGUAGAACAAAUUGAUAUCAACAGAGAUAUAAUAAGAUACGAGAUUCCACAUGAGUUUAAAGUUGGUGAGAAGGUGACAUGCUUAAAAACCAGUAUCUCUGAGAGACCAGUACCUCACAAAGUUGAAUACAGACAAAAAGACAUUACUUCUAGUCUACCUCCGGAUACGAGAAUGACUGACGGGAAUUCAACUGAUAUUUCGACCCUUCCGAGCGAAGACGAGUUGUCAAAUGGUUCCGGAAACGUAUCGCCCAGAUUGCGUAGAGCUAAUCGACAUCGGGGUGGAAAUUUAACUCCAUCAAGUGGUAGUUCGAGAAAUCAGAGUCCGAGGCCAAAACCUGGAGCUAGAAAUUCACACAGGAAUUCAGCCAAUUUAUCGUCUAGUACACUGCAAGAGGAUUUAAUGAAGUUGAUAAACCCUGACUACAUUGCUGAUGAUAUACAGCUAUCAAAUAAUCAUAUUCCAAAUAACAAUGUACCUCCUAUAAUAUCGAACAAUCAAAACUCCAACAAAUUAAACAACAAUAUGAUCGAGAUACAGAAUCGAUGUAGAUCGAGGGAAAAUUUAUGUGGAAACAGCACCUCAACGCUGAGCGUCCUGCCAACAAAUGGACAGGAAAAUGGAAACGUGUCGGAAGUGAUUUUGACAAUGGCCCGGCCUGCUACUGUGAUCUCUAAUGCGAGUACAGCAUCUAGCCCUGCACCAAGCGAAAACAAACUAUCCAAAGAAGAGAGAUUAUCCCCACGUGUCACAAAGUCCCCUCAUACCACGUCAAAGCCAAUAGGUAAUUUAACCGUGGCAAGAGAUUCAAAAUCACAGAUCGAUGGAGAGAUAGAUUGGCCCAGUCUCAUGGACUCCACAAAUAGAGCUAUAAAACAAUUAGGCCAGGACUGGUCGGAAGAAAGAGUCAUCGACGGAGGUACAACAGUCUCGGGAAACGUUUGCGACCUGCAAUCUCAUCUAUCAACUUUAGAAUUGCGAGUCGCAAGAGAAACAAGGCGUCGUCUUUCUUUGGAAGAUGAAGUGCGUCGCCUUCGAGAUGAAAAUCGACGCUUGCAAGACGAAAGCCAUGCAGCUGCUCAGCAGCUGCGUCGAUUCACAGAAUGGUUCUUCCAAACAAUUGAUCAUCAAUAAAUAUAUUAUUUUCUGUAGUUGAUAUAUUAUCUAAAGUAGGUGUGAACUACGUGUAGAGUAGAGAAAUAUGAGUAACACGAUACCCUGUCAAUAUAUAAUUAUGUAGAAUGGAACCAUCCCUCAUAUUGUAUUAAGUAUAUAAUCCAGUUUAACUGGAAUAUAAUUAAUGGUCCAGAGAUAAACGUCAAUACUAAGAAUCUGUGGAAAUACAAAAAACUAAAGACUGAUAUAAGCAGAAUAGAAUACAAUGCCUGCAAAUGUUAAGCGAUUGUAAAUUGAAUCUAAUCAUCCAUCUUGCAUCUCCGCCUGAAAUGACCUAUAAACCAAACUGGUGCUUCAUUGAUUACAAAAACCACAGGCUCUAACUCGCAACUCAUUUUUAAAUUACAAUUUCACUUCUUGAACUUCUUUUCUGAUCACCUUCUAACUAACAUUGAACCUUUCACUCCUAACAACGUUCUGUUGAACCGUAUCAUAAAGAUCAAUAUUACAUCGCACCAUUCAAAUCUUAAGACUUGUAACCGUACCAUUUUCAGGUGGCUCCUUUCUACGUGAUGUUUGUUUCCUUUGCAUCUGUUAUUUACGAGUGACACGUUGAAUUUGAAUAAAUAGUAUAAAGCACAUAAAUCCCCAAAAAUAGUUACAGGUGAUUCAUUCAAGUAUUGCACAUUGUUUCGAGAACUAUGUGUAAAUCCUAGCAGCAUUCUAAUCAAGCAAUUUCAUUAGCCGCAAUUGUUUAUAAGUUAUUUUAGUAAUAACGUGUAAAUACAGUAUUAGGGACAGAAUUUAAAGUCUAAAUAUAAAAUACCAAUCGACGUAUGUAAUAACCAGUUGACUUACAAUGCAGACUCGAGGCAAACUAGUUUUUAAGAAUUAAUAUAUAAGUUUCAUGACAAUGCACUUUGAAAAUACUCCCUCACGUUAAAUCCCUUUGAAUAAUUAUUGGUAAACACUUGUUCAAUGCUAUAAUUAUAGCUGAAAAUAUUACUACUGACGCACUGAUAACAUGAAAGUUUUUGUACGGAUAAUUCAACUGUUUCUAUAACUGGUAUAUGUUUUCAGUUUAACUGUUUUUGCGCGAUACAGUUAUCGGUAAGAAUAUAUUGCAGUCAUUUUUUCAAUUAGCUAAAUAAUAAUACUACCAUAACUCUAGGAGUUUAUUCAAAAUGGUAUCAAUACUACAUAUUCAUGUAGAUACGUAUCUUCAAAACCGUAUCACCAAAAUUUUUCUGUAACAUGAAUCAUUCUAUAAUAAGAGAUGAAGCUUACGACUUCCGAGGAUUAGUCAUAUCGCCACAUUACAAAAAUCAUUUGGUACCACAAUAGAGUAAAACCAAUUACAAUGUGACUGAAUAGCCAUAAGUAAUCUUGACUUUUUUU